ACGAAAAAGCAUAGCUAAAAAUCGAACAUGUGAAGAUUGGAAUUUAUUAAGAUCCCAAUACCCAAGAUCUCAGUCCAGAAGCCGAGUCAGUUCGACAGGCUACGGUUUCGGAUUCGACGAACGUUGACCCGAGUACGGGAGUUCCAGAAGAAGGCCGCAGCCGCGUGAUGACGGCGGGAAGCAUCAGGGCCUGUGGGGAGGAAGAAGGAAGAGAGAGCCAUGGAGGAGGAGGUGGUGAUGGCGGCGUCCUCUGGUGACGCGGCAAGAGGGAAAAAUGGAGUGAUGGUGGUGGAGAAGGUAGGGGGAAGGUCGACGCCCACCCGAUGCUUCUCUCGAUACCCUCUUAAACUCAUUAUACCUUCCAAGGCUGGUGUUGCAGAUUCUGAUGCUGUGUGGGUUUACACCGUCUCCUUUGGUGGAGGCAUCGUCUCCGGAGACCGUAUCAGUUUUGAUGUAAGAAUAGGAAAUGAUUGCACUGCUGCCAUCAAGACCCAGUCCUCCACCAAGGUAUACAAAGCUAUCGGGGCGAAGUGCUCUGAGCAAAUACUGGAGGCCCAAGUUGGAAGCAAUGCUCUUCUAGCUGUCCUUCCAGAUCCAGUUACGUGUUUUGCUGGUGCAAGAUAUUCCCAGAAGCAAAUAUUCAGAAUUGUCUCCAAUUCCAAUUUAAUUAUCGUAGACUGGCUCACCAGUGGCAGACAUGAGCGUGGGGAGAAGUGGGAUUUCAGUCUCUACAAGAGCACAAACAACAUCUUUUUGGAAGGAGAUCACCCUCUCUUUCUCGAUUCUGUGGUACUAGAAGACAGUAUGGAUUCUACUGUUGCUGAUCGCAUGCACAACUACCAAGUAACUGCAAUGCUCAUCCUUGUUGGACCAAAGUUGAAGCAAAUACGAAAUCAGAUAGCAAAUGAUGUGAAAGAGACGAUGUCACGACUAUUGCAACUUCCAUUUGCUGCAAGGAGUUGCUAUAACAAGAGGCAGAAAUCACAGCACACAAUUGAAAAACCAGACUUCAUUGCUUCCUGCAGUGGCAUCGGACAUUGGUUUGGUUGUGCGAAUCAUGGCAAUGACGACAGAGUCAGUUUACAAGUUUCUUCACCAACAUUUAGCAUGUUUGGCAUCCCUUCUUGGAGCAGUUCCAUACAGCUGAAGCCUUGCUCCUGUUCAUCUGGCUUCAAUUUCAUGCCAUUAAAAUGUAUGUGUUCUUGUUUGAGAAAUAACUGCACCAUCGGGAUUAAACCGAAGUGCUGAUUCUGCUGCAGAACUGGAGAUCAAGUCCUUGUUUGCUGUUCGUUUUUUAUACGGCUCCGUCGAAUAAUGCCAAAUUACUCCCUGACUGGCUGCCCAUUUAGGCUCUCUGUGAGAUAUGGUUAACCAAUUUCAUCAUACAACAGCCUGGUCCUCUUCCACUCUCUUCAUUUU